UUAGGUAGGUCUCUCUCUUUAGAGUAAGGACAAGGAGAUCAGGUGGACAGUAGAUGUACUGAUCAAAACAUGCAAAGAAGAAGAAAAAAGUGAAGAAGAAUUCAAUUCCUUUCCUACGCUCUGGGUGAUAUCUCAUGAGGUCUUAGGAGGAGGGAAUUACAGACACUUUGCUUUUUCGUUUUAAAUUUUAAUCAUCUUUUCUCUCUUUCUCUCUCUCUCAUCUUCUAGAUUAAUUUAAACAGUUUAUUUUGGAGUGAGCAGUGGGAUCAGGAAACAAGAAAGAAGAGAUAUUUCAGAAGUAUUGUGAAAUGAGCAUAAGAGGAAACCUGGUGCAGGUAAUUUAGGUUUAUAAUAAAGUGAUAUUACAGGAAAUUAUGACUUGGUGCAGUGAUUGCAGUGACGUGCAAACCCUAGACACAGCCACAAACACUCCACCGUUAUCAUCCAACAAGACUACUACUGCUGUAAUCGCUGCAGCAGACAGAUCACUCAGACCUUCUCUCACUAAAACUUGCCCUUCAUGCGGCCAUCAGAUCAAAUGCCAUGAUCAGGGUAGUGGGUUAAUUAAUGAUUUGCCGGGGCUGCCUGCUGGGGUGAAGUUUGACCCGACAGAUCAAGAGCUUCUCGAGCAUUUGGAAGGGAAGGUAAGGUGUGAUGCUCGUAAGCUUCAUCCUCUCAUUGAUGAAUUCAUUCCCACUCUUGAGGGAGAGAAUGGAAUUUGCUAUACUCACCCUGAGAAAUUGCCAGGAGUGAGGAAAGAUGGCCUAGUCCGUCACUUCUUUCAUCGACCUUCCAAGGCAUACACGACAGGAACUAGGAAGCGAAGAAAGGUGCACUCGGACUCGGAAGGGGGUGAGACUCGUUGGCACAAGACAGGCAAGACAAGGCCAGUUUUUAUUGGCGGGAAAGCAAAAGGGUAUAAGAAAAUACUUGUUCUUUACACCAACUACGGCAAGCAAAAGAAGCCUGAGAAGACAAAUUGGGUGAUGCACCAAUACCACCUUGGCAAUAAUGAAGAAGAGAAAGAUGGUGAGCUUGUGGUUUCAAAAGUUUUCUACCAAACACAACCCAGGCAAUGCGGCUCAGCCGUCAUCAAAGACAUGACUCACCACCCACCAAAAUUGAAGGGACAAGGACACGAGGGUUCGAAUUUUAAAAACAGUUGCAGUACUACCACUACUCCUAAUAUUGAUCAUCAUCGUCAUUACUACAAUCCUCCAUUUAUAUCAUUUGAUCAAGGUGGACAAAAUAGAUCCAGCUCCGCUCAGAUACUUCCCCAUUUUGCAGUCCAUGAUGGGUCCUCUUUUAUUCCUUGAGAAAGAACGUUAAAAAGUGAAAAUGCAAAGCAUAUAUGUGAAGUAUUACUUACACUUACUUAUCAUAUCAUGCAAUAUAAAUGGGUUAAUAAAUUAAUGUAUUGAUAUUCUUAGGAUAAUCACCAAAAGGUGGGAGAAGAAUAAGGAACGUUUCUUUACAGUACACUUUGAGAAUUUAGUAGGUUGGCCUUGUUUUUUGGUUCUUUUAUUUAUUUAUUUUUAAUUUCGUGCUUUGUACAGUAGUGUCGAGUGAGAUUUAAUUAAAUUUCACGUGGGUCCUUUAAUCUGAAUCUGGGAGGUCAGUGUUAACUUUGAAACUGUACAAAGAAUAUUUUAUUUUUUGAAAGGGAGGAAAAGCUGUAUUGAGAGAGAAAAGAAUAUUGAUAACUACCCCCAAGCAGGUAUUCUUUUGAUUCCU